AUGGCGGCUUCUCCAGAGGAACAUAUAGACCGACGGCCGAUCAGGAGAGUCCGGUCCAAGAGCGAUACCCCGUACCUCGCCGAAGCCAGAGUUUCCUUCAACCUGCGCACAGCGGAGGAGGUUGAGAGGCUGGCCGCAAUGCGCUCUGAGUCCCUGGUCCCUGGCACGCACACCCCGCCCAUCCGCCGCCGCAGCAAGUUUGCCACUCUGGGCCGUCUCCUCAAGCCCUGGAAGUGGAGGAAGAAGAAGAGUGAGAAGUUCAAGCAGACCUCUGCAGCGUUGGAGAGGAAGAUGUCGGUAAGGCAAAGCAGAGAGGAGCUGAUUAAGAGAGGCGUGCUGAAGGAGAUCUUUGAGAAAGCAACCGUGGAGUUCCGAUCCUCGAUGGAGGGCGGAGUCUGUACUCAGGAUCCCUCUAGUAUGAAGUCGUCUAUGGUCCUUCCUUCAAAGAAAUCUGUUGGUUUCCUCUGCAACGUUCAGGACAACGCCGCCAAGCCCCCCAUGUACCACAAACAGCCCCCUGCGCUCCCCCCCAAACCUUUCAACAGGAUUCCCAACUACAGCAAAGACUCUUGCCAGCAGAUGAAGCUGUCCUGUAUGCCAGGCCAGGGAGGGAAGCUCUCUCCUCCUCUACCUCCCAAGAAGGUUAUGAUCUGUGUGCCUCAAGGGGGAAUGGACAGCUCCUCUCCCUCCCCCCUCGGCACUUUCUCCCAGCAGAAGUGUCCCCCUCCACAGGGUCACCCCCAGGGCCACCCCCCCCACCACGGCCCUCUGCUGCCCUCGCAGCUCACAGCCCUGACCAACCUCCACCAGUGCCUCCUGGGAGGUGGGAACCACCAUAACCACGGGCACACCCACAACCAUGGCCACAGCCACCCGCUCCAGCUGCAAUACGGAUCCAUGCAAGGCCACACCCCCAGCCGCAUCAUCGAGGAGCUCAACAAGACGCUGGCCUUCAACCUGCAGAGGCUGGAGAACAAUGCAAUGCAUUCUGGUCAGUGUAGUCUGCUGGACAGAAGCCAGGUGCCCUCUGUGGUCAUCGACGAGAACAACAAGGAGAACAUGCCCAACGAGUCCGACUACGAAGACCUACCAAGCAUGUACAAAGAUGAGGAUGAUAACGAUGAAUAUGAUGACGAGGAUGAUGAUGAUGAUUCGCUCUUUACAAGUACCCUGGCUCUGAAGGUGUUGAGGAAGGACUCUCUGGCCGUCAAGCUGAGUAAUCGUCCAUCUAAGAGUGAGCUGGAGGAGAAGAACAUCCUGCCAAUGCAGACUGACGAGGAGAGGCUGGAGUCCAGGCAGCAGAUAGGCACCAAGCUCACACGGCGGUUGAGUCAGAGGCCCAGUGCUGAGGAGCUGGAACAGCGGAAUAUCCUGAAACCGCGCAACGAGCAGGAGGAGUUGGAGGAGAAGAGGGAGAUAAAACGACGACUAACGCGAAAGCUGAGUCAGAGGCCCACAGUGGAGGAGCUGAGACAGGCGAAGAUCCUGAUUCGCUUCAGUGACUACGUAGAGGUGUCUGACGCCCCGGAACACGACCGACGGGCAGACAAACCCUGGACACGCCUCACAGCAGCCGACAAGGCAACCAUACGGAAGGAACUCAACGAUUUCAAGAGCAACGAGAUGGAAGUGCAUGAGUCAAGUCGCCAUUUAACCAGCUGGUCCCACACCCUAGUGCUGAACGCUCAGGAAGGCACCUCCGUGCUUUGGGGCUGA